AUGUACCAUGAUAGCAUAAGAAUUGCGACUGGCCUGCGAGCCAGUAAUAAACGAGUUACCAAGUUAACCGGUCGUAUCAUUGCUCCGUCUAUUACACUGGCGAACGAGUGUGUGAUUACCCGCGUUAUAAAAUAUUAACAGUUAUGUCUUUUUUGGGAAAUAUUUCGGUUUUCGACCAUAAAUCCGGCGAGUGGUCGAUAUUUAAAGGUCGAUUAACGCAGUUUUUCAAAAUAAAUGACGUAAAAGUUACAAAUAAAAGUGCAGUGUUGAUAACGCACCUAUCGGAUGAAACCUACAGGUUAUUACGUAACCUAGUUUAUCCAAAGGACAUAGACGGUUUGAGUUAUGACGACCUAGUUGAAGUACUCGAUGCUCAUUUUAAACCCAAGCAGUGCUCAUUCGCGGAUAAGGCCAAGUUCUACGGGGCCACAAGGAACCCAGGUGAAUCCCUCGGAGAAUGGGCGGCACGUCUCAGGGGCCUAGCGAGCUUCUGUAACUUCGGUACCGCCCUGGAGUCAACGCUUCUGGAUCGCUUCGUUCUCGGACUGGGAAUGGGGCCAGAACGUGAUAGGCUCUUCGAGCAAGAUUCAUCGGACUUGACGUUCGCAAAAGCGCUGGAGAUCGCGGAACGGGCCGAGUGUGCUAGAGAGGCAAAGGCGUUGGUGACCAAUGGAGCCGGCGUGGUGAUCCAGCAGGAGCCGGUAUACCGCGUGGCGAGCGAGCGCGGGGGCGCGCCCCGCCGCCCGUCGCCGCGCGCCGCCCCUGCAGCCGCCGCCCCCGGGGACCAGCGCGACCAACAUGUCUCUCGAUGUUCUGUGUGUGGGUUGAAAAACCAUAGUGAACUAAAGUGCCGAUUUAAGUCAUUUAAGUGCCAAAAAUGUGGAGUGAAAGGUCACUUGCGUAAAAUGUGCAAAUUACGGGUAAAUAACAUAGAAACGGAGGAGAAUGAUUCUACCUGUGAGGACUGUAAGGAAUGCAGCUUGUUUAACAUGAGGUUCGAAGACUAAUAAGGGAGGAGUGCCAUGUACCAUGAUAGCAUAAGAAUUGCGACUGGCCUGCGAGCCAGUAAUAAACGAGUUACCAAGUUAA